GCCGUUCUUGCCCCGCCGUAGACUCCUCGGUGACCGGGGCAGCGUGCAGCGAUGGCGGCCGGCGAGUCCCAGCAGCGCCGGUUACAGCGGGCGGUGGACUCCAUGGUGCAAGGGCUGGAGAGGGAGCAGAUCCGCAAGAUGCAGGGAAGAAUGUUCCGCUGCAGUGCUGACUGCUGCGACAAUGGCAACUCCUCCAUGGAAGAGGUUCAUCAGUGUAUCGAGCGGUGCCACACCCCUCUUGCCAAGGCACAGGCCGCUGUCACCGGGGAGCUGGAGAGGUUCCAGAAUCGUUUGCAACGCUGCAUGAUGGAUUGUAAUGACCGAGCAAAGGAUGCCCUUGAUUCUGGAGCGAAAGAGCUGGACGUCAAGCAGAAGGCCGAAUCCUGCAUCACCAAAUGUGUGGAUGAUCACGCUGUCCUCAUCCCAAGCAUGACAAGGACUUUGAAGGACUCAUUAGCCUCCAUUGCGAAAUAAGGCUGCACCCUCACCCAUAAAGCUGAAUCUCUGGCUAAGGAACAUGUGCUGCACCAAAGCGAGGACAUCACCAUGAGCCAAAUAUUCCAGUACAGUCUAUACAUACGAGAACCUGGCCCAGAGGCUCCAGUUCACACAGGCCGUAGAGCAAAAGCGAUGAGAAAUGACCGUAGGGUAACCGAUUGCUCGGAGGUGGGUAGCAGCAAUUUCCAGGAACAGCAGUCGCAGCUGAAGACCAGGACCUGUCAGUUCAGAGUCUGCUGGACACAUUUCACAGUGUACGCAUCUCCCUCGUUUCUGCAUGUUGCCAAUCAUUCUGGGGCGAUGACUAUAAUCUCUUAAUUCUUCCUCAAAACACCGACUUUUGCUGGGGCAUACAGCCACAACAGCAAUCUGCUGCCUCAAUUAGCCGACCACCCACUGUUUUAAAUGGACAUUGCGGCUAAUCACCUGGUGUUUCAUUGGGUGGUGAGCAGAAUCUGCAGCCUUGGCUUAAGUCUCUUCCUUCCUCUAUCCCCCAUCCCAGUUAAAGUCAAGACCAAGUCUGUCGUCAUCUAAUUGUAUGUGCCUAUGACGAAACGAAACAAUGUUCCUCUGGACCACAGUGCACCUCAAACCCCCUUUCCCCUUCCUCUAUCCCCUUUCCCCUUCCUCUAUCCCCUUUCCCCUUCCUCUCUCCGCUAUCCCCUUUCCCCUUCCUCUAUCUGCUGUUCCUCCCUUUCCUGUUUCUGCUUCCUUCUCCUUUCUCCCUCCUGACUAUACACUACUUGGUGCUACACCGGUCCCCAUAAUAGGGCAAGGAAUCUUGGCCCAAGGUUCAGAAUCAGGCUUAUUGUCACUGACAUGUUGUGGAAUUUGUGGCAGCAGUACAGUGUAAUGCAUUUAAAAAAUUAGGGGUAACAAUAAAAUAAAAAAUUUUUUUAAUUAGCAGUGUGAAAAGAGGGCAAAAAUCUGUAAGGCAGUGUUCGUGGGUUCAUUGUCCAUUCAGAUAUCAGACAAUGGAGGGGAAGAACCCGUUCCUGAAACAUUGCGUGUGAGUUUUCGGGCUCCCAUACCUUCCCCCUGUUGGUAGCCAGUAAGUGGAACUAUGGAUAUAAUAUAAAAAUCGCUAGAAGUACUCAGUAGAGAUCUGAGAAACACACACAAUGCUGGAGGAACUCAGUAUCUGAGAAUGUAGUUUUAAGAAUUUGCUUCAUAGCUUGAUAACUAUUUCAGCUGCAUUGUAAUAAAUUAACAAAUAGAACUGGAAAUUUGCCCCAGUUCUGACAACUUUGAGAGGGUGCCAUUGUUGUAAAGCAGUGUUAAGUGUACGGACAUUCAUUUUACCUGCAGCCUCACGCACGCACACAAACACACACGCCAGUUAUUUACCCAUAGCAGUGUGCACAGGAAGCGUGGUCAAGGUGAGGUGAUAUUGAUGCAAGCCUGCCUUGAGAGUAAAGACUGCUGUGCCUCUAAUAAGUUUGCUGCUAGACAGUGCACACUACAGUGGGCAGGAAACAGCACUAUAUUUAGUAAGUUAUGUACACCGCAGUUGACAUCGUCUUUUGUCCAGCCUCAGUUGGACAGUUUGUCCAUCAGUUCCUUCAUCUGUUUUAUUGUUUGCCAAUGUUCUCUGAUCUGUCUGUUUACUUCUUUUCUGCUCAGACCAAUUUCAAUGAUGGUUAACGCCUGAGACUGGUAGGAAGAAGCAAGGAGAAUCAAGCAUUGAACAAUGUUACAGGAGAGGCAUUGUCUGUGUUCUCACUUCAUCUUUUCUGUACCACCAUGCCUCCUUGUGCAAGUGUUUGUGAUACAGAGGCUUUCCUCCCCUGUCACAGUCAUAAAGCACCACAGUACAGAAACAGGCCCUUCAGACCAUCUUGUCCAUGCUGAGCUGUUGUUCAACCCGCACCUGGACCAUAGCCCUCCAUACCCCUCCUAUCUACGUGCUUAUCCAAACUUCUCUUAAAUGUUGAAAUCCAACCUGCAUCCAGCUUAUUCCACACUCGCCACCCUCUGUGUGAAGUUCCCCUUAAAUAUCUCACCUUUCACCCUUAAUCUAUGACCUUCUAACCUCAGUGGAAAAUACCUACUUGCAUUUAGGCUGUCUAUACCCCUCAUAAUUUAGUAUACCCCUUUCAAAUCUCCCCUCUUUCUCCUACGUUGUGGGGAACAUAGUCCUUGUCCGUUCUCCAGUCUUAGUUGAACAGUUCCUCCAGAACAAUCCGCUUGCUUUUCAGUGUUCACUGAUCUGUCUGUUUACUCAGUGCAAAUUCUUUCAGUUCAGAUCUAUUUCAGUGAUGGUUAACAUCUGUACGCAAAGGAGACUGUUACCAGGAAGCAGGGAGACUGUUGAGCAUUGGACAGUUUCUGUACUCUCGUGAAGGACAAACUUUAUUCACAUGUGGGAGGAGUUUGGGCAUGACAAGCAACAAAAAAAAAUCAGCAAUUAUAAAGAAUGAUAUGUAAAUAGAAAAGCUAGUAAAGUUAGAGGUUAAAGGACAGAUGUGGAAUAAAGUGUACAUAAAUAAAGCCACCGGCAAGUAUUUAGAAUGUAAACAGCAUUAUGAGAAGUGGUUAAAGUGUUUAUAGUGCGGAGAGGUGAUGGGGGAACAGUAAUAGAUGCAGGGCUAAAUGGAAUUUUUGAUCUUGGGCACCAGUGUAGUACAGCGGUUAGCGCUACUCCAUUACAGUUUGGAGUGUUUUGAAGUUCAAUUCUGGCACCAUUCUGUAAGGAGUCUCUGUACGUCCUCCCCUGUGGAAUGCCUGGGUUUUCUCCAAAUCCCACAGUCCAAAGACAUUGCAAGAUAAGUUAAUUGGUCAUUGUAAAUUGUUCUGUCACGUAGGUGUGGGUUAAUCGGGUUUCUCAGGGGUUGCUGGGGUGGCACUGUAUCGCUCAAUAAAAUAACCUUUUAGUAGCUCCAUUAGCACUUUCCAGAAGGGAGCUUUUAGAAAAGGCAGUUUGCAGGGUGGAUUUGUGUCUACGAUUAUUUUUCCUGCCUGUUUCUUUCUCCUGGAUACGUACAACUUGUACAGUGAUGGUAAACUUUUUUUCCAUAGCGCCAUUCCUCGUCACGGCUGGAAGCUGCAGAUGGGUGUGGGAUGGGGCACUUGACAUUUAAGGACUUCCUCUAUCUGCAAUCUUUCUAUGCCCAGGAUUAUCUCUGUACAGUAAAACUCCAGUAAUCUGCCAUGUUUGAUGUUGGAUAGGCAGAUUCUCAGGACUAUUGGAUGUUAUUAAGGUACUGGGGAUGCAGUGUGUAGGAAGGGAACACGGCAUGGCAGACCUGAACCAAUACCUAGCCAUCACUAGUGGAUUCUCGGAGUUUUAUUGUAAGUCUCAAAUUAAUGUUACGUCAGUAAGAAUGUUCUGAAUACUUCACGCAUGUGACAAACCAGAGCGUAAAUCACGUCUGAUUGUGUAGCUGAUCGAACUGUUGCAUCUGCUGUGGUCUGUUCCUCGGUGCAUUGCUUACCCAACCUCCCUGUUAGAAAUUUAGGAGGAAUGAGUUCAUUUUGCAUUCAGCUGAAGUAAUUAUGCUCCUCCUGCAGAUUGUAUCUUGUAUCAUGGAAAAACUAAAUCAAAUUGCUAAAUUUGCUUUGCUCAUGGGCUGUUAAACGAGUGAGUGAGGUUCUGUUAACUUGAGCAACGUUGCUGCCACUGGUCAGAUCUAUACAAUUGUCAUGUCUGAGUCUAUCACCUCAGGUAUUUACAGGCCAGUUUAAAAAAAACUGAGUACUUUUGAAUGAAUUUAUGUACUGAGAAAGUAAACAAGAGAUGUACUGUGAAGUCUUUACAGAUAUAUUUUUCCUCUUUGGAGUUGGUUUAACUGUGAAGUUUCCUGGGCAGGGUGUCAAAUUAAAGAAGUUUAACAAGU